CCAAACCAGGAUUGCUAUGACCACGGCCCCCCCUCCCCCUUUUACUCUUCUUUCUCUCGUUCACUCUCGUCCAUUCUUUUCUUUCCUCAGUCUUCUUCGUCUGGCUGGCCCCGGACCUUCUUCGACUUUCUUUUACUGUAUUAUCACCUUCAUUCGACUUCAAUUAUGGGAGAAAGCUGGUUUCGCAGGGAGUUUCUCAGCGCAAAGAGGCUGGCCUUCAAUGUCAUUUUCUAUGGAAUUCAUUUUGCGCUCUUUGGUUAUGGCUGGCACAGCCAGGCCACCAAUACUAAACUUGCUGCCCUCAACGCUUUGACUUGGUCCGUGUGGACUUCCCGCGGUGCUGGCCUUGUUCUGGCAUUCGAUGGUGGCAUGAUUCUCGUUCCCAUGCUGCGAAACAUCAUUCGCUUUGUUCGGCCAAAGUUGACCUGGCUCCUGCCUGCCGACGAGAACAUCUGGUUCCACAGACAGGUCGCUUAUUCCAUGGCAUUCUGGGCCAUGGUUCACACAACGGCCCACUAUGUCAACUUUUUCAACGUCGAGCGCACUCAGGUUCGAAAGGAAACUGCUUUGGACAUACACUAUACCCAAGCAGGUGGUAUCACCGGCCACUUUAUGCUCCUUAUCAUGGUCUUGAUGUAUGGGACCGCUCAUCAGAAGAUCCGCAAGCAAUGCUUCGAGGCAUUCUGGUACACCCACCACCUUGCCUUCUUUUUCAUGAUCGGUCUCUACUCUCAUGCCACAGGGUGUUUUGUCCGUGAUGUAGCCGAUCCCGCUUAUACCAGUACAUUCCCCUUCUACGACCCUAAGCAUUGUCUGGGAUAUGAGAGCUGGAGGUUCACAAUCUGGCCCGGAAUCAUCUACUUUGGUGAACGAGUGUUUCGUGAAUGGCGUGCUAGACGUGCCACUCGGUUGUCCAAAGUUCUUGUACACCCCAGCGGUGCUAUGGAGCUGCGUAUCAUCAAGCCUAGUUUCAAGUAUACACCUGGGCAGUGGUUAUUCCUUCAGGUUCCAGAACUUUCACGCUUUCAAUGGCACCCUUUCACCAUCACAUCAGCGCCAGGAGAUCCUUAUGUGUCUAUCCAUGUUCGGCAAGUGGGUGAUUUUACAAUGGGGCUCGGGGAGCGUCUUGGCGUUGGUCCGUCUGUUGUUAAUGCAAUGACCCAAUCGGCCAUGAAGGGCUCGUAUAAAGACGAGAAAUCUGACUUGGGGUCUCGAGGCGAUUACCUUGAAUUAGAUGGCUCCGACUCUCUCCCCGCUGUCCGGAUUGAUGGGCCAUAUGGUGCGCCAGCGGAGGAUGUAUUCGAUGCCGAGGUAGCCGUACUCGUUGGUGCUGGUAUUGGUGUCACGCCGUUUGCAUCAAUCUUAAAGCACAUAUGGUACAAGCAGAAAAGCGGCAACCUCGGUGCCUUACGUCGUGUUGAAUUCUUCUGGGUAUGCCGUGAUGCGCCGUCAUUUGGGUGGUUCCAAAGUUUGCUGCAAGAGGUUGAAGCUGCUCAAGCGGAUCCCAACUUCCUUCGUAUCAAUAUUUAUCUUACUCAGAAAAUUGGAGAAGAUAUGCUUUGGAAUAUCGCAGUCAACGACGCUGGUGCUGCCUAUGAUCCCCUGACGCUCCUCAGGACACGUACCAUGUUCGGUCGCCCCGAUUGGAUGACUAUCUAUGGGCAGAUGAAACAGGCUAUUGAAGCAGGACAAUAUAUUCCCGGUUCGAAGUCGCAAUUGAAGACCAAGGUCGCUACUUACUUCUGUGGACCGGGUGCCAUCGCGAAAGCGCUUAAGGAGGCAACGCUCCACCACAGUUCGUCCAGCGUCAACUUUACAUUUGCAAAGGAACAUUUCUGAUUUUCGGCUAGAUUUACAUGAUGGAGUGCUCGUUAUCUAUUUUGUAGUAGUCAUAACCCAAUAUAUUAUAUGGUUACUACUACAAGAAUGCAACUGGAUAUUUUGCAUUAAAUCUUC